AAUAAAUUUACAAGCAAUGUCCAUUCCACUGUCCGGUAACAGACGGUACUACGCUAGGUGUGACUCUACCGUCUACAUAUUUUCAACAAUCUACUCUCCAACGAUUUUUAUCACGGAAACUGAUUGAUUUCACAAUAUCUUAUGAAGAAAUUGUAAACAUAUAACGUGUUGAUCUUAAUUUCGAAAACAGUUUAUACCUAGUACUUCGUACUUACAUAUGGUACACAAUGGAAAAUUUAUACCAUCAGACGAAUAGAUUGAUAUUAGAAACCCAAGAAUUAUUCCACAGAUUGGAGAAUUCGAAAUCCGAACUGGUCGAAGCAGAUGUACAAUCAAGAAUAUUAACCAUUUCACAAAACUGUGAACACUUAGACAUUCUUGUGCACAAAGAACCAGUUUCCAGGCGUAACAAUGCCAAAUUACGUGUAGAUCAACUCAAAUAUGAUUACCAGCACUUGCAGUCAGCAUUAAGAACACAUCAACAAAAUCAGCUAAGAAGAUUGAGAGCUGAGCAGGAACGUGAAGAACUGUUAAAUCGGCGAUUUACUAGAAACUCAGACAUGAAUGAUACAACAAUAUUAAUCGAUAGUUCUAUACAACAUCAAAAUUCAUUACAGGGUGCAAAUCGAGGGGUUGAUGAUUUAUUAGGAUCUGGUGUCAGUAUACUACAAAGUUUACGUGAACAACGUGAUCGAUUAACAAGUACUCGAAAUCGUUUAACUGGAAUUUUUGGUUCGCUUAGGCUUUCAAAUACAACUAUGAAAUACAUUGAAAAAAGAUUAAAGGAAGAUAGGUAUAUAUUAUAUGGAGGAAUGGCCAUCACAAUUCUCAUUAUAAUUAUAGUAAUGAUAUAUUUUAGUUGAUAACCAUUGAUCAAGUUAAGUUACUACUUUGGUGAGUUAUACCAUGGAUUAUAAUACUGUAAUCUUCCUUAUAAUGUAUA